GAUACUGCCCGGGUGCCCAGACCGAAGCAGGUGAUUUUCUUAAGGGGCCACACCCUGAGCCCUUGACCUAAAGGUCUAACCCACAAGGCAGUAGAGCAUCGUGAGGAGAUGCAGUCCCAUGAAAGCCGGUGACCAACGAUUGGCUCAUACGCCACUUGUUCCCUCAGGAUACUGGAGCCCAUGUGCACCAUCGAUUUGGUUUGGAAUCCGGUUAAAGCGCCGGACAUUCGCUUUUCGUCCUCUCAUUUUCGUAAACAACACCCCGCCACGAGAAGGCAGUGAUUAGGACUUCCCUGACAGAGGUUGUAUACGCGUGGUCGUGUGAGAGCAUUUCGAGAGGGAGGGCGGGCCCACCCCUUUCUCGGUCAUACCAGGGCAUUUGGGGGCUAAUGCAUAUCUUCUGCUUCGAAUGGGCAUGUUUCAUGGUCAUAAAGUAAUGCGAAAUGGACUGCUGCACAAUACGCUCGCCCUUUUGUUGGUAGUCGGACAUAUAUUUUAAUCCGCAGAUGAUGCAAUUUGGCAAAGUUUAACGGAGCUUCGUGAACCCGUGCUGAGAUUCCAACAGACAUCAACCCUUAAACUGUGAUAAGACUUCUAAAAAGUGUUCGAUGCACUUAGCUACUUCGCUCUUUAUGGUCCAUGUAGCAACAAUUUGGAUUUAAGGAGAGUGAAACGCACCCCAAACGUGCUUGGAUUGUUACUUAAGAUUAUCAUAAGAUCCUGCAUUAUGUCAAUGUCCUCACUUCAUCUGCAUAUUGUAGGUCAAUAAGUGGGCCACAAUAUAGGGGCGGAAUCCAUGAACAGUUAAAUAAAGUAAGUGUGAUUUCCAGGAUAUUCAGAGCUGAAUUAAGUGAGGAGAGAAAUUGUAAACAAUCACGACAAGCAUCACUUAGAGUUGACGAUUGAAAUGGCAAUUUUCCAUAAGCUCUGAGUAGACCAAUACUGUUCGUGUAGAAAUGGUUCACAAGAUGUAUGUACUUCUUUGGAACAACUUUCAAGACAGAUAUUGCAGUCAAAUGCUGUCUUAAAGUCAAGAAAUCCGACCAUAGUAUGACGUCUUUGGGUUUACCUUUCCUAAAAUCUGUGUAGUGAGUAUAUAGUUGAUACAUCUACGUUUAGGUCUGAAACUAGCCUAGUUUUGCCGUGUUUAGUCCUCAUGAAUCCCUCAAUAGUCAGACGAUUAUAGAGGUCAUUAUUUUAGAUAAUAUUUUAGUCGAAUCGAUUCCUCUGUGGUUAUCGCAGAAGGAUUUCUGCUCUUAAAAACUGAUCAAGUAAGCUAUCGAAGCCAGUAAGAUUUAUUUGCAUCUACCUUUUAAACUGUAGCUGGUAUUGCAGUAAUUUUAGCAGCUAAAACUUGACCACACUCUUAAAGAUCUCUGGGGUUAAUCCAUCAGGCCUCCAUCGCUUUUGAUUAUCCAUAGUUUUUUCAACCCUGUUCCCAUCCACCCUCAGUUUGAUGUUGUCCUAAUUCCCUUACCUAGAUUACAUUUUUCAGUUCAGUGUUUGGGUUUAUUUCUUUUUUUCCAAUGAAAUAAAAAACGACCCCAUAUACUUUUUAUGUUGCUUGUGAAUCGAUGGUCACCUUUGUUUAAUAAAAAGAACUCUCCAGAGCAUGUGAGUUGUGUUAUGACAUCAGCGGUCUCAUUUUAUGCUUCUGGCAACAUAGUACCCUGAAUGUAUUAGUUAAGAAUUUAUCAAGUAGUUGUCUUCAGGUCGAAACGAUUUUCCUUCACCUGUAAAGCGGGCGCUUGUAAACUUGGUGGAUAAUAACAUGUACCAUUCAGUAUUUAACUUAAUAUAUCAAACAUCUUUUCUUGUUCUGUUACUUCUAUUGCUUUGUAAACUGCAAACUGGUAUGACUUCAUCUCAAAUUUCUUGUCAUCAGGUCAUAUUUAAUGUAGUCUAGUCAUCUUUACUUCGCUACAAGUAUUUUUAUGCUUUGGGUGUAUUCUUAUCGAAGAUAUAUGACAUGAAUGCCUCAGUCUAUAUACACCUAUGAUAUUUCAGUUCUUAUCGUAAACUUCAUUGCUUCUAGCUUGCCCAGAUGAGCUGUUCAACCGGCUUUGCCAGUCGAAUUCCGCCAUAUUUUUAAAAACGCUUAAAGAAAUCAACAUAGCUUUUCUACCGGUUGAAUCUCGAGUCUUUUCGUUGGAUUCACCCAUGAGCUUUCAAUAUUACUUCAAUCCAGUAGCCAGACAACAGGGUUCGGGACAACAACUUGAGCGAAUCGCUGAACAGAUUGCGACGUUGUGUGCCACAUUAGGUGAAUAUCCCGUUAUUCGUUACCGCACGUAAGUUAUUUUAAGAAAUUCAUCUUUCUAACCUCGGUAUUGAUUUUACCUGCAUGACAUCCAGAAGUUUAUUAAAUUUUCAUUAACAUUGGCUAAGUUAUUGGUCUAUGCAGCAUUGGGACAUUUUAAAAAUUACUUACUUUAAUGUAGCUGUUUUUGUGUAAUUGGUAUUCGAAAAAUGAUGCUUUUUGCUUUCAUGGAAAUUAUUAAUCUACAUCGUAUUCUGGUAAAAACACUAACACUCUGAAUUUAAGUAAUCUAUAGAAUAGAGGCUUCCAUCAUCUUAUUCUUUCAAGCUGUAUUGUUACCUAUAGCACCACGAAUUUUUCGUUUGUAGUUCUGGGACUGUGUUACUCCAUUUCUCUGAUCAACCUUCCUUUGAUAACACGUGAUUCUGAUUUAAACUUUUGUAAAUCCCACUGAUAUUUUAGUUGAGGUUAGGGAAUGUAGCUUUUUAAAUGAUCAUUGAAUUAUGAUAGUUCCCGGCUAAUAUGAUAUUUUAUUACGAUGUAAUUUUCCCAUUUUAACAUUCAUAUAGUGUGUCUAUAUAAAUAUAUUCCAUUCACUAAUAGUAGGAUGUAUGAACUUUUAUAAAUUGAUUCAAAUAAACAAUUUUGAAAUUAAGAUAUUAUUAUUCACUGAAGCAUUGAUCGCCUUUUGUGAGUUCACCGAAUAUAUUUGAUUCGUACAUAAAUGUAUGUAUUAUGAAUAAGAAUUUCUAGAGCUUAUAGACGUUUGAUGCACGAUUCACAUAAUUUCCAGUAAAUUCAGAUUUAGUCAUCCAGUAUUCAACGAAAAAAACAGUUGUUUUAACAGUUUCAAUCUUUUUUGGACCAUUUUAGUCAGUUUGAAAGGAACGCCGAGUUCGCACAGUUAGUUCAACAAAAAUUGGAUGCAUACAAAGCGGACGAUCCUCAAAUGGGCGAGGUUAGUCAAAUGAAACUUCAGUACUCAAAGUAAAAUAUCGUAAAUCUAUUUAAAUAUAUACUCUAUCAAGUUUUUAGUAUUCUAAAUAGUUUUUACGAAGUUAGUUCAAUCCAUCGAUAAUGUGAUUUUUUUAUUAUCAAAAACAUGUUUUUUGUUCCAGGGUCCACAAAAAGAAAGAAGUCAAUUGAUUUUACUUGACCGGGGAUUCGAUCCUAUCUCACCUAUUUUACAUGAACUCACUUUCCAAGCCAUGGCUUACGACUUACUGGCAAUUGAAAAUGAUGUUUACCGUUACAUCAACACAUCAGGUCCUGAGGAACGUGUCAAAGAAAUUAUCUUGGAUGAAACUGAUGAGCUUUGGUGUGAACUUCGUCAUCAACACAUAGCAGUCGUUUCACAACAGGUUACUAGCAAAUUGAAAAAGUUCGCUGAAGAUAAACGUAUGGUUAACGCAGGCGAUAAAACUACAAUGCGUGAUUUAAGUCAAAUGUUAAAAAAAAUGCCUCAAUAUCAAAAAGAGUUAUCCAUGUAUUCAACACAUUUUCAUUUAGCUGAGGAUUGUAUGCAAACUUAUCAAAAUCAUGCUAAUAAACUAUGUAAAGUCGAACAAGUGCAAAUAGCAAGUGGAAUAAACUUUUCACAAUUCAAUCUUUAGUUUUGAAGUUGUCAUAACGUUGUUCAACUUUUAAAGUAGUACGUCCGAAUAAUGAGCUAUAUCGGUCAUUAAUGGUUAAUUUGAGUCGUUGGUGUUUGUUUGUUUAUUUACUCAUCCUUUUUGCUCAUCUUCAUCUUAAACAGUGUCAUCAUGUAAUUUUAUUUUCUGUCUUCUUCCCCUCACGUUGUUGAUAGGAAAUGUAACGCUUUGAGCUAUUAUACAUUUUUCAGUCUGUCUACUUUUAGAUAAUAUGGCGAUUUAAAUUUUCGAGUAUUACUUUUAAAAGGAAUAAUUCAACCGGAAUCAUAAUCAUUUUAAACUACUUUUCAGGAUUUAGCCAUGGGUACUGAUGCAGAAGGUGAACGAGUCAAAGAUCAUAUGCGUACAAUGGUUCCUAUUUUAAUUGAUCAGUCAGUUUCAGCAUAUGAUAAACUUCGUGUGAUUCUUUUGUAUGUUAUACAACGGGGCGGUAUAAAUGAAGAAAAUUUAGCUAAAUUAGUUCAACAUGCUCAAAUCCCCUCAUCACAGGCGUGUAUUGUGCGUAAUUUGAUGCAUUUAGGAGUUCCUGCUAUCCAGGAUGCUUCAGGAGCUGUAAGCAGUUUUUUCUCUAAAAAUAAAGCCUCUACUAAACUUCCGAAUUACUACUUAUAAAUAGUGUAUUAACAUUUUUGUUUAUGCACUUUUUUAAUUACUUGUUUAAGAGAUAGAUUGAUUUAGAUUUUCAACUUGAUAGAUUGGGUAAUGUAGAAAUGUUUAGUAAACUUUGUUCGAAACCAGGAAAUGGAUGUCAGCUGCGAAGACUUAUAAUCUCUCGGAAUAAUCACUUCUACCCAGUUUAUAUUUCAGUCGGUUCUGCACACUGGAGCACAUGAAAUUAAUUACUUUCCAUGCUGUGAGUGCUCACCGUAUUAUGUACAGUAUCAUACAUAUUUUUAGGUGUUUAGUAUAACCUGUCUGCCGGAUUGAUAAUAAACUAUCAUAAAACAACCUUGGUUAUAGUGUUAGUGUAGGCUUUGGUAUGUUUGGUGCUGCAAAUAUUAUGAGGAUAGGUAGCAACCAGAAAAUUCACAUUCUCGUCAUAUUAUUUAUAUGGUGUAUUUAUCAGUGGUCUAUUUUUUAUGCUAAAAAUAGUGUAAAAAGUUACCAUUCUUUUUAAACCGCACUUAUACUGUCUCCAGCUCUUAUUAUUUAUCUAGAUAGUUAACCUCUCUUUACUUUCACAUGAAAUGCCGUGAUAAAAAAAUAUGUAGUUAGAUUGUCCGAAAUGUAUCGCGCGAUUAAACCAUAUUUUUGGAUCAACUUGACCUUUUCAUCACAUCGUGCGAGUUUAUUUAAAAGAGGACUGACUAAUAUCAAAUUCCCCUAAAUAAACGACUAUCAUUGUUAAACUUUAAAUAUAAGUGACACGAAAACAGUUUUUUUCGAAGCUUGAUAACUGAAUUAUUCAUUUGUAAAAGUAAAUCUUUUUCAAAAGAAUAUCAUAUAUAUCUCCUUGUUUUUGGGGUAAACUUUUCAGGUCGCUUAUGUCAAGGUAAGGUUGCAUACCGUCUCUUAAAGCUGAUUUAAACACAAAUGACUAAACCUACUUGAAAUCCUCUGAAAUUAUGUAACAUUCUAACGGUCUAAUCCCUGCGUUUCUCAUUACGUUUACAUUAGAAACCAAUCAUUUAUUCAAUAUUAUGUCUUUACGAAGGAAAAACUGUUAUGUGUGCAAACGAAAUAUGGUGAAAUAUGAAUGUCGGGGCGAUAGUAACCAUACUUUUUCAAUGUUAAAUAAAAGUGCAAUAUCCAGCGUUUUCGAGCAUAACAGAUGAAUGCUGUAACUAAGAACAUAAUUUUCACUGAGGAUCUCAUUCCAAGCUCUAACUCACGAUUUUUGCCUUUUUUUCAUCCAACAAUUCAGGACACUACAGCAGAUAUAUUUUGAUGGUUUUGGAUGACUAAAUUGAAGUCAUCAGUGAAAAUUACACUCAUAUUUUCAGCACUGACAUACUGAAUAAACUAAAAAACGCAAAAUUUAUUGAACAUCGAAAAAGCAUGAUUAUCUUCGCCCAAAUGACGUAGCUGAAUAACCUUAUUUUACAAUCGUUCAGUCUUUUUUUUAACCCGUUAACAGUAUAUUCAAGUUAUUUGACGAAAUUUAUUUGUUAUUUUUAAACAGUUAUUGUAAGUUCACAAUAAACUUUGAAAAGGUUUAGCCCAACAUUAAUUCACGUUAUAUCAUAUUCCAAUUUACUGGGUAUAUAUAUUUGCCCCCAAAUGCACUGGUAUGACCGAGAGUGGGGAGUUCGCUCUCCCUCUCGAAAUGCUCUCACAUGGCCACGCGUAUACAACCUCUGUCAGGGAAGUCCUAAUCACUGCCUUCUCGUGGCGGGGUGUUGUUUACGAAAAUGAGAGGACGAAA